UGACCAGAACAAAAACGAAAAGCUUCUUCUAGAUGAUAUUAAACAAAAUAUCCAGAUCACUAGAUGAUCAGUUUUAAAUGAACAUGACAUAAUGCUACUGAAUGUUAAGUGGUAUUAACGACACAGAAUUUACAAUGCACAUACACCAAGGCUUGAAGAGCUAGCAUUCACCAUACUUGUAUCCUACUGUGUUUGCUUGCAUUUCCUUUCUCCUGCAGACAAAUCCCGCAUAUGCCAUUCAGUCAUAUUUAGUUUUCGGCAUCCCAGAUAUCAUUUAGAAUGAAAAAUUUUACCUGGUUUGUUUUGUUGAUGAGCCAGGCAUCUUCAGUUCAAGUUAGGCCGAACCUGUUCCUAUGGACCUGUCGGGAUUUAACUAAAUUUACCAAAAAAACAGAGAUUUCAAGUGGUUCGUAGACCACCGUAGCUCUCGUAGGAUCCGUUGACUUAAUUUCAUUAGCUGCAAAUGUCGUAUCUGAUUUACUAGCCAAAGCCCAAAAUCCUAUCUGGGCUAGAGGCCUCUCAAUAGAUCCCCAUAAACAGAUUGAAACGAUGUCGUUUCUCAAUUGGCCAUCUGCUCUUUUUCCUCUUCUCAUCGGCGAAAUCCAGAAAAAGAAAAGAAAAGAAAAGAAAAGAAACAAAGGGAAAUUAUAAUAUGAAGAAAUGAAGAUAGUGACUUACAACGUAAAUGGAUUGAGGCAAAGAAUCUCACAGUUCGGUUCUCUCCUCAAAUUACUCAAUUCUUUCGAUGCUGAUAUUAUCUGCAUCCAGGAGACGAAAUUGAGAAGGCAAGAAUUAACGGCGGAUUUUUCAAUAGCCGAUGGCUAUGAAUCCUUCUUCUCCUGCACUCGCACCUCCGAUAAAGGCCGAACUGGAUAUUCCGGUGUGGCUACAUUUUGUCGUGUUAAGUCGGCGUUCUCGAGCGUAGAAGUGGCAUUGCCGCUUGCGGCAGAGGAAGGGUUCACUGGCCUUUUAGGAUGUUCUAGAAAAGACGAAACGGCUUCAGUAGCUGAAGGGCUUGAAGAGUUUUCAAGAGAGGAGCUUCUCAAGGUUGACAGUGAGGGACGGUGCAUCAUCACGGAUCAUGGUCAUUUUGUUCUUUUCAACUUGUAUGGACCCCGAGCAGAAAGUGAUGAUGCAGAGAGAAUUCAAUUCAAACUCAAUUUCUUCAAGAUAUUAGAGAAAAGAUGGGAGUCUCUGUUGGGUCGAGGAAGGAGGAUUUUUGUUGUCGGUGACCUCAACAUUGCUCCUUGUGCUAUUGAUCGUUGUGAUGCAGGACCAGAUUUUGAGAAUAACGAGUUCAGGACAUGGUUUAGAUCCAUGCUAGUGGAAUCUGGAGGUCAUUUCUUUGAUGUUUUCAGGGCAAAAAAUCCAAACAGAAGAGACGCAUUUACAUGCUGGCCAUCAAAUACUGGUGCCGAACAGUUCAAUUAUGGGACAAGAAUUGAUCAUAUUCUCUGUGCUGGGUCUUGCUUACAUGAGGAGCAUGACAUAGAAGGACAUAAUUUGAUAGCCUGCCAUGUAAAGGAGUGCAACAUCUUGACAGAAUACAAGCGGUGGAAACCUGGAAAUGCACCAAGGUGGAAAGGAGGGUGGAACAUUAAAUUAGAAGGUUCAGACCAUGCUCCUGUUUAUACAAGCUUAGUGAAAAUCCCUGAUGUCUCACACCAUAGCACUCCAUCUUUAGCUGCCAGAUAUUUGCCAAGUAUUCAUGGUCUACAGCAAACUCUUGUGUCAGUUUUAAUGAGAAGGCAAGCUGCUAAACAAGUCAAAUGUCAUAUAGUAUCAAGUUCAUUUUCUGAUGAAAGUAUCAUCUCAGGAGAUUGUAGUCAUAGUGUCAAAAGGCCGAUCACUAAUUGCAAUGUACCAGGAGCCAAUAUAUCCUGCUGUUCUUUGGACCAGGACUCUGAAAAUACCAUCCUAAAAAAUGAUAAUUCUGAAGAUCUUACCGAGGAGGCUGCUUGUAACACUACAAUUGCAUUCAACAGGCGGUACAUCAGUUCAAUGCCUAACCAAGAAACCAAGAAAAGAGCAAGAAAGAGUCAACAGCUUUCCUUGAGAUCAUUUUUCCAGAAAAAUUCAAACCUAGAUAAUGGUCUUGACAGUUCUGCUACUGAUGUUUCUGGUAACCAGACUGGUGUCCUCGAUUCUAACAGUCAGUCCCCGGAAGCUCCUGUGAUGGAUGAUCAUGGAGGCAGUCCAACACGGAGUGACAUGAAUGGGAUUGCAUCCUCACAGGGUCAAGGAGUACAAGAAGGCAGUCGUUAUUUGGAGAAAGAGAAGAAUAACAUUGCUUUACUGGAGUGGCAAAGGAUACAACUACAUAUGCAGAAUAGCAUACCUCUUUGCAAGGGACAUAGAGAACCUUGUGUUUCUCGAGUGGUGAAGAAACCAGGUCCUACUUUUGGUCAUAGAUUCUAUGUGUGUGCUCGAGCUGAGGGUCCUUCUUCUAACCCUGAAGCAAAUUGUGGAUACUUCAGAUGGGCGUCAAUGAAAUCUCGGCCAAAAUGAUGGUGAUCCUUCAUCUCAAGUUUGACUAAAGGAUGUACAAAUGUACUUGUCCGUCCCCUGCCUGACCUGCUCCUCAAUACCGCGUUAUACGGCUCAUUUUGUAAAUUACCUUAUCCUGUUCAGCCUCCUCCCAUGCUAGAGAGUAAAAUCUUUAUUCAUCCAAAUGCAAAGUCAUCUAACAAAUGGUCUUCCGAAGCCAGUAAGUAUGACACCUAUUGAGGAUGCUGAACGUCAGUUCAUCUUGAUUCAUUACAUGAAUCAAUUUUUGUGCUGUAGUAUAACACUGCACUCGUUGAUGAUAUCAGGCAUCAUAUGAUCAGAUUUCUGUGAUCUGUUUCUUCUUUGUAAGUUGAAUGGUGCAUUAUAUAUGAAACAAAGAGGAGAAUUUUUCUUCAUCAAUCAGUCAUCUUUGUUAUUCUCUCAGCUUUGAAUUAAAACUUCAAAGUGCUUGAUUCCUUAAACCUACUCCAAAAGGCCUUACUAGAUGGAGAUGGGAAUGAUAUGGAUAUAGAAAAACGAUUCAGUGCUUAAUUUUAGAUCAAGAGACACUGACUAUUCGGUCCAAAAAAUCCAAGAUCCGGUUAAACCAAUCAUCAGACAAACAGAGUGAGGCUCCUUUACUUGGAAAGCCAGAUGUGAACAUCUAAGACAAUCAAAUGUGGUAAAAAGAACCAAAGAAAAUAUCAUUUGAUGGUAACUUUAUAAUUAUAAGGAGAAUUCAAAUGGCCGCGUCUGAAUCCUAGUUGAGCUGUUUUUGCUGUUUCCAGGAAACAGCCAAGGUCAAAUUUACCAUAUAGGGGAAUAACAAUUUCGAAAGAAUAAAGCUACCCUUCUUCCACAAUCACUUGCCAAACACCAAAAAAUCUAUCGGUGGAUUUUACUCCUUGGAGGCUAAGUAACUGUUCUACAAUAUAUAUACCUAGUAACAGCAAUUCGUCAUCCUCGUUUCUUUCAAUCAGUCCCCAUCAACGAUCCUCUUUGAAACAAGCAGAAUGGAGCCAGCCAAAAACUGGAGUCGGAUCAGUCACAGACUUCUCCUGAGAGAUCAUACCUCACCUGACAAUGACCGUUACAGAAACACAGUAGUUGAUCGCAUUGAUUUUACAAUCACGGUUGCAACGAUAAGUUUUGGUCUCAUCGUUUGCCUAAUCUACAAAUGCUUUCACCGAUCAAAACACUCUUCUGACGAAAAUCCCAUCAAGCCAAAACCAUCCAUUGACGUCGAACUCGCCUCAAUUCCUGUUCUUGUACAUGGAGAAUCAACGCUGACGUCAUCGAAGCCUUGU